AUGGCGGUCUCCUUCGGUGAUUUGUCGACCCCUGAUGGUCUGAAGCAGCUUGAUGAGUACCUCCUCACCCGCAGCUACAUCUCCGGCUUCCAGGCGUCGCGCGAUGACCUUACGGUCUACAGCGCUAUCAAGACGUUCCCCAAGGGCUACACCAAUGCGGCCCGGUGGUACACGCACAUCAAGGCGCUGCUCGGCUCGAACUUCUCCGGUCCCGGCGUGGGUGUGGUGAUCGGCGGUGCUGCUCCUGCGGCCGCCGCUCCCACUGCAUCUGUCGCCACUCCUCCCGCAGCCGAGGCCAAGCCCGCUGAGGACGAGGAGGACGACGACGAUCUGGAUCUGUUCGGCGAGGCCACGGAGGAGGAGAAGGCCGCCGCGGCCGAGCGUGAGGCGAAGGCGGCCGCGUCGGGCAAGAAGAAGGAGAGCGGCAAGUCGUCGGUGUUGCUGGACGUGAAGCCGUGGGACGACGAGACGGACAUGGCCAAGCUCGAGGCGGCCGUGCGCAAGGUGCAGAUGGACGGCCUUCUCUGGGGUGCCUCCAAGCUGGUGCCCGUCGGGACCACCUGCAGCAGGGCGAGGCGGCUGAGUACAUUCAGAGCUGCGACAUUGUGGCCUUCAACAAGAUCUAAGGAAGCAGGCUGGAUACUGUGCGACCACGUGCUGUGCGGUUUUUUGUCCGUGCGUCCUAGUGGGGCGAACAUCAGAAAUCGUCACCGACGGGGACUCAGAUGCGACGACAUCGUGCUGUUUAUUCUUCCUAUUCCAAUUAGUAAUGCUCGGAUGCCUAUAUUCUCAAGGUAA